UAGGACAGCACCAGCCCUGAUGUUCUGUUUGACGUAGGCAAGAUGUGCAGCUACCACGCACAGACCUUCUUGGCUGUGGAGUGUCUGCGUAAGUGUCUGUACUACGAUGCAGAACAUGUGGACGCCAUGCUGCAACUCGCCAGGAUUAUGCGCAGAUCAGGAUACAUUUCGGACUGCUUGACCAUUUUGAAUGAAGCCGUGCGCGUGGGCAAGACCUUCGAUGUGCGAGUUCAGAUUCUGUUGGCCGAAACUCUCAUCGAGCUGGAUAAACGAGAAGAGGCCCUGGACGUUCUCAAUAGAAUACAGGACAAUACACAGGAGAUACAGGAGAUUGACGAGGAGUAUCUCAUUGUAUUGACUACCAAUGCGCUGGUGCUGUCGGUGUGUCUGUUCAUCUCCAGUUCGGCCAUUGCGUUUGUUUAUCUGCGCUUCAACGGACGAGUGAAGGAGAACGAGCGCACGGCAAAGGCCCUUAAAAAGGCCAUCAAACGACAGCAGAGCAACUCCUCGCUACAAUAAAGCUACCCUGGAGAGACGAGCAUGCAACAGCUAAGCUUCACUUCACUACAGCAAUGCGCUGUAUCACUAUGGCAACGGUGCGUGAAAAGGCCACCAAUUGCCAGCAUUGCAACUGCUACUUCACCGGCAUGCGGUAUCUCUGUGGGCAAAUGUCUCUAAUAUGACAGCAGAUGAAUCAAACGGCAGUCGGACAAUGGCGUACGGCAACUCGUGUGACACGUGCCGUACGUCACCCCGAUGGCGUUAUACACCUCCGUGCCCGUAUGCAGACGCUUGCGGUGUGUGCAAGGCGUGGCAACUCUUGCUAGCGGGUAGCGUGUGGAGUUGUUUGGUAUGAGAUGGGCUUCUGAACACCUCAGACCCUUUGUCCCACAUGCCAUGGGUACAGCGAUGUCCUAUGGUGUGGUAUGAGAGGCUGCCCCCCAUGAGGUUAUCAGGGUUUAGGGUUUAUGCAACCGCAUGAGGUUUAUUAGGGUUUAGGGUUCUUCCCCCCAUGAGGAGUUAUCCCUCCUGUUGUGAGGGACAAUGCAGACAGUUAAAGGUAGAGUGACCGAGUCUUAAAUCUUCUAACCUUGAAACCCCGAAACCCUAAAAACCACACAUCAGUGGGCGUGGUCUAGUGAACGCUGUUGUCUUUGACGGCCACGUGCCUUAUGUCCGCGGUAGGUCAUCUCCGCAGGUAAAAGAGUACACAUCACCUCACACGCACACGUGUGCUUGAAAGGGGAAGGGUGGAGUGCAGAGGUUUUCAGGUCAAUUCACUUGCUACCUUUAUGUUCCUCUCACAUCGCCAUCAGACACGCCUUAGGAUCGUAGCUCAUCAUAUCACAUGUGCACAUAAGUGCAUCUUAACGUAUCAUAUGAUGUCAUAGGUGCACAUGGGUACAAAGACUACUCUGCGCGUCUCUCCUUUGCUCAAUGCGCCGUGCACGUUGUUGAGUGCGAAAGUGACGAUGGCAAUGCACGUGCUCAAACGCACUGGGCGUCAGCUGGUUGCGGGUCACCCCUACACAUCAUCUUCAGCUGGCGGCGAUGUUCGGUACCGCUAUUCAGUGUGUUGGUGUGAGAGCUGCUUGGGCGAGAAUUAUUAGGGCUGUAUACGCCAAAACAACUAAUGCUCUGGCAUUUUAUGCUAGUGACUCCAUUGCGUCUUCUACACCCCGAGAUAGUGAAUUAGGGCCUUCGAGGACAUUUGGUACCUACACCCCGAGAUACUGAAUUAGGGCUUUCGAGGACAUUUGGUAGUGACUCCGUUGCGUCUCCUAUUCCCGAGAUAAUGAAUGAGGGCUUUCGAGGACAUUUGGUGUACACAUUCCAGUGAUAGUCGCACAGCGUUCCUUGGAUGUGGUGCUUCUUGUACGAGAAUGCCGGGGUGUAGGGUUUUGGGCUACUACUAAUGCCAGUCUAUCUUUGAAGAGGCGAUUCCCCAUCAGAGACGGCCGAGUACCAUUGCAUACGUAUCGCAACAGACAGUCACGGUGAAGUGCGGUACUAAAAAUGUGCGCAACGCUACAACGCACAGGACAUGCAUGUGAGUGAAUGGGAUGUGCGCAAAACACAUAAAUCCUAAAACAGUAUAAACUUAGGGAGUAGACUACUGCAUCAUGGGCAACCCAUGUACAUCCUCGACCUCUGAGUCAUAAAGACUGAUCUGAAAUGCAGAGACAAUUGUUCGUGUGAUGUUUAUUUCUGAAUGCGAACCAGUUGAUAUAUGC